AUGUUAGAUAAACCAGUUUAUGUUCCAAAAUACGAACCGGGUCAAUUUGAUGAUGCCUGCGAGGAUAUUCCUCCUGAACAGUGUACAUUUAAUAAGCAUGGACAAGAUUUGGAAAAUGAUACUACAUUAAAUGAUUUAGAAAACGAUUUUUCGUUUGAAGAGGAUGAGGACGAUUAUUUUGAUGAACUAAAUGAUAACGAAGAAUGGGAAAAUCCGAGUGGGGAUUUUACUAAACAGUACAAUCGCCUAAGACAACAAUUGCAGCCCAGUAUCAUGCCUGGGUCUACUUCACAGAAAAUUACUAUUGCAACACCCGUAAAAAAUCAAAAUACAGGUGGAACAAUAUCAAAGCAAACUGAUGCUAAAAAAAAUUUUGCAGAAAUUAAAUCUCAUGAUUAUAUGAA